AUGAUGAGUGCCCUUGGAUACCCAUCGCUUACAAAACUAACGGGCAUCUUCUCCACAGCAGGCCCCAACGCGGCCAUGCAAAGGAGCAUGGACCUCUACACUGCCGGGUGCGUCAGCUUCUGCCUAACGACCAACGCGGACGUAACGGUGGUCAUGCAACUACCGUCACCCCGCAGGGAAUAGAGCACCCCUCGAAUCCUCGUCAAGCGCCGCCAGCCCAAAGACGUGGACAACUUAACUUUUCUAGUAAGCACAGUCUCUUGCAGCACAAAAAUCGACUAAGAGGUUGCUAGUCGACUCUCCAAAUCCAGCCAGGCCUUUGGUGGACAGUGAGCCUCCGCGUGGACUCGCCGCGGUCUUCAACUGAACACCAACAGGAAAGUAUGCGAGGCCAUCUUAUUGAAGGCACUGCUCUGCGGAGCGAAGAUCUGGAAGGUUCACUCAAAUCAAGCUAGGAUGCUGAACCACUUUCAUGUCAGCUGACCCUGCAAAAUAUUGAAGUUGCGAUGCAGGACAUUAUCCCGAACCGGAAUCCCUAGCAUCCCCGCCGUGUUGAGGAAACUGCGAGUGCGAUCGAGCGGCCACGGUGUGAGGAUGGACGACACUCGUCUACCAAAAGAACUCUUCUAUGGAGGCGUCGUUACGGGUACUGGUCGACAUGAAGGUCAAAACCACCGCUAGAAGGACACUCCUUAGAACUCUCUGAAACAACUGCGCACAAACCCGGAGACCUGGGGUGGCCGCACCUAGGACAGGCCGGUUUCGAGAAGAGUGGUGGAGGACGGUGCAGCCAUAUAUAAAGCUUGCCGGGUCGCAGCUGCCAAAGCCAAGAAAGGACGUCGACAUUCUUAGACGCUCCUGACCCGCAACAUCACUGAGCCCCACCCAGCAUAUCCGCGCUGUUAAUCAACAUUCCGAGCGCAGAUCCGCCCCGUCGGUCAUCUAGGACCGUCCCUGCCCCAGCCACCGCGCCGAUCAAGACGGGGGCCACCGUCACCGCCACGGAUCCAAAUUCCCAUAUACCGCCGCCAUCUAUCGCCCCCCACCUCCAUCGCCUCUGCACAAUCACCGCGGUGACGACGAAAACAACUACUUCUACCAGCCCGCCACCCACCGAAACGCUCCUGACGCCCUGUCAAUCGCCACCACCACCUCCAGCAAUGUAG